AUGGACCAAACCCGCGCUUCUGCCGCUUCAAGCGGUUCCACGAAGAAUGAACACAGUUUCCGAGCAUGGUUAACAGUACUGGGGGCCUUUUCGACUUUCUUUUGCAGUGUUGGAUUCAUCAAUGCCUUUGGUGUGUUUCAGGAGUACUACCGAGCACACCAGCUUAGUGACAGCUCUGAUUUCGACAUCUCAUGGAUUGGCUCUUUUGAAACUUUCGCUCUCUUUUCUGGUGCUCCGCUCACUGGUCUAUUGGUUGAUCGCGUUGGACCGACAAUGCUUCUCAUAGCCGGCAGCCUAGCAAUGCUUAUGGCCAUUUUCAUGACUUCGCUCUGCUCACAAUAUUAUCAAUUUUUCCUCGCGCAAGCCGUUCUACUUGGCAGUAGCAUGUCUCUUCUCUUCUGUCCGGCCAUUGCGACCGUCUCUCGUUAUUUUCACAAAAACGUGGGAUUGGCCAUGGGCGUUACAGUAGGAGGGUCCUCAGCUGGUGGUGUGAUUUGGCCCAUUGUGUUGAAUGAACUCCUCAAUAAACAUGGGGUCAGCUUUGGCUGGACCAUUCGCAUAAUCGGGUUCAUUAUGCUUCCACUACUGGUACUCGCUGUCUUGACCGUCAUCCCGCCUCCAAAAACCAAUCAUCUUGAGGAAGUGGUGCCUGGGGAAGGAACCCAACAAACACAUGAGAAAGAUAUACAGAAAAAAGAUAUCAUUUCUCUUCUAAAAAACACUACGUUCCUUUUGCUUUGUGCGGGCCUAGCCAUUUCUUAUUUGGGCAUGUUCAGCCCUUUCUUUUAUGCCACCUCAUACGCCGAGAGUCUUGGCCAUUCCAAAAGUUUUGCAUUUUACCUGGUAUCCAUUAUCAAUGCUGCAUCCCUCUUCGGCAGAGUUCUGCCGGGUGUUCUGGCAGAUCAUUAUGGCCAUUUCAACUUAUGUGGCCUAGCGGCCAUGCUAUCUGGAAUCAUUGCUCUUUGCUGGACAUCAGCCACAAGCAUAGCUGGGCUUGUUAUAUGGGCUCUAUCAUAUGGGCUAAGCUCAGGUGUGCGUAUCACUUCCUACCCAAAUAUCGAAUUCUGCUAA